AUGGCCAACAAAGUCUUCAGCACCACGCUCGGCAUAAGCCUCCUCUUCCUCGCCUCUGGCUGCCUCGAGCUCGGCUUCUCCCUCGCCGUCCGGAGUAUGAUGGACAACAAGCCCGAGAGCGGCCAGGAAGCCGUGCGAAAUCUGCUCUACAAGAUGUUCCCCUUGACGGCGGGCAUCGUCAACGGCGCCGCCACCCUGGCCAUCUUUGCCUUCACCCUCCUCGGCCUAUUGUCGCCCAUGAGGUCGUGGCUCAAGGCGGGCGGCUACCUCAUCAACCUGUGCGGCCUCUUCACCCUCUGCCUCGGCGUCUACCUCUGGAUCAUGACCCUGCGCCUCAAGGACGGCUUCUUCCCGACGUACCUCGAGCUAGAUCCCAGCGUGCAGUCCCUCGUCCAGCAGUCGGUAAGCACCGAUGUACCCCCUCUUUGUUUCUUGUUGGGGCCUUGA